AUGGCGGGGCGGGGAGGAGCAUGGCAGGCGAUGACGCCUCCGUCGCCGAGCGAGAUGUCUGGGUCCUUCAGCGACGACGAGACCAAGAACGGCGACGAAUCCGACUCGGAAGAGUCCGCACCCCAGAAGCUCUUUUCCGAGAAACGGCACUUUAGCUGUGGAAAUCCGCGUCCCACUAUGGGUGGUGGAGUGCCCAGUGGCGGCUCAAGGAGAAGCUACGCACUGCUCGGGCCGCCCUUGUCCCAUGUGCAACUCGAGUGCUGGGUCGAUCCAUUCAGCAUGCCCAGCAACAAGGCCCUCGAGGCCAUUGGCCGCAAUCUACAGCACCAGUUCGAGAACCUCAAUCCCCGUAUGAACUACAAGCCCUAUCUCGAUCCCUCGGUCGAAGACACCCGCAAGUGGUGCAUCGGUCUCCGCAAGAUGGUCGGCCGCGAGUGUGCCCUCUUCUACUACAACGGCCGCCAGUACAUCCCUGUGUCUAUACAGGACCUCCAGUCCUGGCUCGGCUCUCCCUGCGUCUUUGUCUGGGACUGCUCAGCCGCCGGAAACAUCGUCUCCAACUUUCUCAAGUUUGCAGAGCAAAAGGACCAGCAGGCCCGUAUGGACCCGGCCCACCAAGACCCCCAGGCAUCCCGCCCGUUUAUGGACUGCAUCCAGCUCGCUGCCUGUGCUGCCGACGAAGUCCUCCCCAUGACCCCCGAACUCCCUGCCGAUGUCUUUACCGCUUGUUUGACCUCGCCCAUUGAAUGGCCCUCCGUUUCUUUGCUCUGCGCAACCCGCUUCCAUCCAACCCGACUCGGAGCGGUGUCCCCCACCUCGACAAUGUCAUGCAGCUCCCUGGUGACCUCAAAGAUCGCCGCACCCCGCUCGGGAGCUCAACUGGAUUUUCACAGCCGUCACAGACACCAUCGCAUGGACCACCUUUCCCCGCGACAUUUUCCGCAGGCUCUUCCGCCAAGAUCUCAUGGUCGCCGCUCUCUUUCGCAAUUUUUUACUUGCCGAGCGUAUCAUGCGCAACUACCAUUGUACCCCCAGUCCUACCCUCCCCUUCCUCCAUCGCACAACCACCCUCUUUGGAACUCGUGGGACCUGGCUGUGGAUUCGUGUCUUGCCCAGUUGCCUCAGUUGCGUGCUGCCGAAGAACAGCGAUUGGCUGCACAGCAGGAUGUCGGUCCAGGAGGCUCCCAGACAUCCGACGCACCCGGCCCCUACCAAUACGUCCCCAGCUCAUUCUUUGGCGACCAUCUCACAGCGUUCCAAGUCUGGCUCACCCGUGGCGCUGCCCUCUCCAAAACAGUCACCGACGAAGCCGUCCAGCCGAUCUACUUCAACACCGCCGACAGCAGCGACGAAUCCGAACCACGCGAUGCGUUUAGGCCGCGCAGGGGCAUCUUGGUCCCGCGCCGUCCGCCCGACCAGUUGCCGAUUAUACUCCAGGUCUUGCUCUCCCAGACCCACCGCCUGCGCGCGCUUAUCCUUCUCUCCCAAUUCAUGGACCUCGGUCCCUGGGCCGUCCAUCUGGCGUUGGCCAUCGGGAUCUUUCCCUAUGUCCAAAAGCUGCUCCAGUCCCCCGCACAAGAGCUCAAGCCCGUGCUCGUCUUUGUCUGGGCGAGGCUACUAGCCGUCGACCGAUCCUGCCGAGAAGACUUACUCCGAGACGACGGGUACAUGUAUUUCGUCAACAUUCUCUCCCCCCAUACCGGAGUCUACAUUCCCAACUCAGCCGAACACCGAGCCAUGUGUGCGUUUAUCCUCUCCAUUGUCGCGCGCGACCACCCCGAGGGACAAAUGGCCUGCCUCCGCGCGUCCGUCUUUCACAUGUGCUUGAUCCGCCUCGACGACGCAGACUACCUCUUGCGACAGUGGUCCGCGCUGUGCAUCGCCCAGCUCUGGGACGGAAACGACGAUGCGAAAAAGUACGGAAUCGACCAAGGCGCGCAGGACAAACUUUCAGUCAUGAUGUCCGACCAUUCGCCCAACGUCCGAGCGGCAGCACUGUAUGCGCUCUCGGUCUUUCUCGGUGCGUCCGGCUCGGCGAUCGAAGGUCGGAACGGGGGCGGUGGAACGGGGUGUCGUAUUCCGCUCCAAGAGCGAGACCAGCUCCGGCUCGAAGUGGCCAUUGCGACGGGUGCGACCUUGGCCGGGAAAGAAGACGCGAGCCCGAUGGUGCGCAAGGAGCUCGUCGUGCUGUUGAGUUGUCUCGUGAACGAAUGGCGAGGCUGGUUUGUCGUUGCCGCCUGGGUCUAUUGGGAGGACCACGGUGGGCUGAACCCGCUCACGAGUCCGAGCGUGAGAGAACAGCGCACGGCAGAGGGGGCGUUGCGAGCCGCACAUGCUCAGCGCGAAUGGGCCGAUCGGGCAGCGAGCGAGCCGAGACGACGGGACGAACUCCGAGUCCGUCGACCCGUACCCGAAGUCGCCACGCUCGCUCAGACGGUUGUCGAUUAUAUAACCGCGCUCUUGCUCGAGUCUCCAUUUUCCAAGCUCCCCACGAGUGAUUUCCCCAAGUCGGUCCCCGCGCGCCAGGCGCACUAUCCGCAUCAACCGCGGGCGGGCGGGCUGGACGAGGAGAAACACCCGCGCGCGAGUCAGAUUGGACGGAUGACCGAUACACUCAAGCGCACGACCUCGUUUGCGGCCACGUUGAAGAGUAUCGCGACGGGCUACGCCUUUCCCGCUCCCGAAUCCCCCGGUCCGAGCGAACCCGACCACGCAGGCGCGUUUUUAUCCAAGGACGUACCGCGUCCGCAUAUUCUUAGCGCGCAGUAUGUACCCCCCUAUCCUCCUUCCUCGGACGCGCUCGUCAUGCCUGCGCUCGGGUUCGACGAUGGAAAAAUCCCGAACGACCCGUCGACGCCUACCUUGGUCCAUUCCCCGCGGUUAACCACCAAGAGCGCAAACGGGAGCCCGAGAAGAGAUCAGGCAUCGUCGCAUUUGCCGCUACCCAAAUUCACAACCGACCCGCGCGUCUAUUCCCACUCGCACUCGCACUCGCAGGGACACGGUACCGCAGCGGACAUUAUCGAGGCGCUCGUCGAGGAAGAUCUGGACCGCCUGCGCGGGCGCAAACAUCGUGGUGCGCCGCCCCCGCCGAGCAGCGACGGGACCGAGAGCUCGCUUACGGGGAGCGCGUUGAGUGGGUUGUGUACGGGCGAAGGACUCGCGAAUGUUCUUCCUUUGAAGAGCCGGUAUUUUGAUUGGAGUUGCGAGUACUUUUUGGAGCCGCAGAUGAGGCAAUCGGAAGAAGACGAGCCGGGAAGUGUGACUUAUAACGAGCUGAUGUGGAGAAGGCAGCGAAACGAAAAGAUUUUGGACGCGACGGAUCAUCAGGCCGGUGUAGCCCCACACUGCCCAUGGGACCGGCCCGUAUCCCAUUUCUCGGUCGACGGUGUGCCGCUGAGGAUCAAGUUCCACCAGUUUGACCCGCAUAUAGCCGUGAUUGACGAUACGACCAGUUUGAGCGUGUGGGAUUGGAGCAGGAAGAAAAAGGUCGUCACGUUUAAUAAUGGAAAUCCCCCCGGUUCUGCGAUUACGGGUAUACACUUUGUGAAUGAAGAUGCGCAAACGAUGAUCAUGACUGCCUCUGCCGAAGGAACCGUUCGGAUAUUCCGCAAUUACGACCUCCAACGAUCGCAUGAUCCUUUAGAAAUGGUGACAUCCUUCCGCGCGCUGAACCAUACGAUUCCGCUUCAGAAGGGGUCCGGGCUGGUGACUGAUUGGCAGCAGGAGAGCGGGCUCUUGUUGGUUGGCGGUGAUUCGAGGGUCGUUCGUGUUUGGGAUGGGUUCCAGGAACUAUGUCUGGCCGUGAGUGCCCGAAAUCUUCACACAAAUGGACACAUGCGUCACCUCUGUCGCGUUCGACCCCGAAAGCUCCAACCUGUUCUUGGCGAGCUCGGCCGAUGGGCGACUGUGCUUGUACGACCGUCGUAUCGGAGGAAACGCGUCGAUGGCCCGGAACUGGCAUCGCCACCAGAGCUGGAUCGAGAGUUUGCAUUGGCAAAAGGGAGGGAACAAGGCGAUAUGACUGCCAGUUUGGACGGCGAGGUCCGAUUAUGGGAUUUACGAGACCGGGACGGGGUCGGUAUUUUGGGCAAGAAGUGGCAGCCGCACGGAAAUGCGCUUGCCAACUUUGCAUUGCAUCCCAAGGCGGCGGUGUUUGCUGCUACCUCGGCAAUCGUAGCUAGUCCCCGACCACAAAGCAUCAUCGUCCAUUCGAUCCCGCCCGUCGAGAAACCUUCGGUCCUGAGCAAAUUCACCCUCCCCGGUCAUACACACGCGCACGCACACAUCUCGGCCCGCUCCCCAUUCUUCGCCGGUCCCUCGAGCCUAUCCUUCCACCCGAACGAAAUGCUAUACGCCACAGGCGGGAUCGACAACAUUGUCCGCGUAUACGGAUGUAAACUCCGAGAAAGCCAAGAAGAAGACGUCCCCCGGGGCGCGUUUGAGCAUGUUCCAAGGAUGAACGGACACGGACACGAAGGGUUGAGAAUGGCAAAACACCACACCGUCGGCCCGCACCGAAUCGACUUCUGGAAAAAUUGCUUCUGGAGCUUUCCCCAUACAGUAACCAACUGCGAUGCGUACGUCAGAACAAGUUAUCUAGCUGAAAUUAAGCGGUCUUCUGACCUCCUCGAGCCUGGCUCCGCAUGGCUUAGAGGGACCGGAAGCAGCGAUAACGCGCGUAGAAAUAGUCCUAGGCCGCUUGGGCACGGCUCCGCACUUCUUUCUCUCCCAGUCAUCAUGAGGUUGAGCAGCACACUUUUGGUGGGCUUUGUUCUUUCUGGAUCGAGUGCAUUGGCGGGGAAGCGGAUCAAGGGCCUUUCGAACAAUGCACAGGAACUGUUUGACAUAGCCAUGACUUAUAAUGACGAUGGGUGGGACCCAAUUCGUGGAGCAACUGGCGCUGGAAGUGCUCGUGCGACAGCAUGGUAUGCUGUUGGCUUGUUGGCACGCAACGAUGGUUCAGACGUAGCCACCGCACGGGAUAUCAUCGAGCGUGAAAUUGACGCUCAGUAUAUUGUUCCGGGCAAUCCUUGGUAUGGAACGUACAAAAAGACAUUCGAAGAACCUAUUCCAGGAACAGCAGUAUCCUGCAAGCAUUUACGUGAGUCCCACUCGAACUCGUACGACCCAAACUGGCGUGAAUUUGUCGGAACAGCAUUUAUCCUGGCAAUUGAAGAGUACUCGGACUUGCUCGGGAAACCACUAGUGAACAAAAUGCUGGCUAGCCUAAAUCACGCAGUCCUGGGUGGUCUCACUCGCGUUGGCUUGGAUGGUGAUAACUUGGACUUGAUUUACACCAAUCCAGCCCUCAUGCGCGCAUUUUCAACUGGGUGGCUCGGCCCAACUUACUACGGCAUUGAUAUGUGGGCGCUUUCUCUUUGGACCAAGUAUUCUCCAAAGAACAGCAGUCUCGCCAAGUACGGACCUUUGAUACUUUCAGGACUCUGGGAUACAAUGGGCGACUACUACAACGCCAAUCUCAAGAAUUUUGCCGGGCCAUACGAUCGUACCUACGGAAACGGCGCCCUCCCGCCCAAAUUAUAUGCAUCUAAACACAUUGACGAUUGGGCUCAAGGCCACUUGGUUGCCUUGACAUGCGACACGGCUGUGAAGCAUGCAAGCUCCAAGGCCAAAUCUGCCAUGACCAAAUUUACCAAGCCAAGAUAUAUUGAACGUCACAUACGAUCAAGUGAGACCAACGAUACCCGUCGGCCGGUGACGACCUGGAUCGAGGACUGGGCAAUGUUUGGAGGCGAAUCUAUUAGCGAGACCGUACACAUAAGGGGUGACCAGUUUGUUCCAGGCCUCGUUCAGUGGUCGCCCAAGAAAGGAUGGAUUUCGUGGAUUGCUUGGUCCCAGUCGGCCAAUUGGUUGUCCGGAGUCGUUGGCAACUCGAGCACAGGUCAGCCAACAUUAACAGUUUCUUAUCCCAACCGAGCCAUCCCUGGGACUGACCGCUUCACGUUCACUACGGGUGGGCUGCCUUACGUGCGUGGCUCCAAUAUGUCGUGGAACGGCUUUGAGGCACUGCCUGGGAUCAAGCUUAAAGUGACAACAGUCGGAGUAGACGCACCCUCAACUUACUUUAGCAACUCUGCUCUUCACGAAUACUUAUACUGGAACACGACAUAUCACGUCUCGUCCAAUUUCACUGGUGUCCCUUCCAUAUCGUUUACUCUUUUAGAAUCGCCCAAGGAGCCAAGUUCGUGA